GUUGCGAGAUAAUAGAGGGCGGGAAAAGAUUGCAAUGUCGAUGAUGCCCUAGUUUUUUUGGGGGCAUCAGCUCAUCCUUAAUCUUUAGCUCACGGUGCUCUCUAACUCCAGUGAAAUCCCAUUUUGAUGCUCUAAGCUUGGCCAUGUCGGACGACGACGAUUUCCAGAACCCUGGCCACGUUCUUUCUCUCGCCCAGAAGAACCGUAUUCUUCCAUCACUCCAGAAAACCACCAUAAAUCCCAUUUCACAACCUCUGAGGCCUUCUAAUGGUUCCCGGUCAUCCAAGAAGAAGAAGAAGAGCUCGACCAGCACCGGGAAAGAAAAUUUCAGAUCUGCUUUUUCUGUCAAUGAAAAAAGAGAUGCCGGAGUGAAGAAGGAUUCCGAUUUGGCUUCAGCGAGGCCUGGCUUAUUGGAAUCGAAAGCAGAUUUCAGCAGGAAUUUCCAUUCUGGCGUUGAUUGCAGUUUUAGGGACGAAGCAAGUAUUUAUGUGAAUGGUGUUUCCAUUGAGCGCAAUGAGGGAACUAGAUUUGCAAUAGAGACGAGUUUGUUAAAUUCAAAUGAGUCUAGGCCGAUGGAAUCAAGCAGGAACGGCUGUUUCACUCCAACCAUUGAUAACGAAAUUUCUGCUUUCGAUUCAGCAGAAUCUCAGUUAUUAGAAUCAGUCACAAGUUGCAGUUUUAGAGCUGAGGAUGAGUUCGUGGGUGGGGAUGGUUUUUCGAUAGGGCGUGAUGAUAAAGGUGGAUUCAGAUCGGAAAAUAAUUAUUUAUCGAAUUCAGUUGAAUCAAGGUUAUUAGCGAGUGUAGAAAGCAAUUCCCAUGCCGAUAAUAGUUGCUAUGAGGAGAAUGGUGUUGAGGAUUUUGAGCCAGGUACACAGCUCAAUGUGUUAAUGAAGUUGUGUUCCGAAAUUGAUGAAGUAGAAAAGUCGAAGGGAACUGACUUUUGGAAGGAAGAUGGUGAUAGUUUGGUUGAGUGCCCUUUAUGUGGAAUUGACAUUUCGGGAUUGAGCGAGGAACAAAGACAUGCUCAUACCAAUGGUUGCCUUGACCAAGAGGAAGAGCAACACGUCCAGACCAACAAUCAUUUUCACAGUAAUGAGAUUCAGAAGGCAAAGGUUGUUCCUCCUUGCAAUAAUACGAGAGUUCAAUCUCCAAUGCGAGUUGUUGAUGUCUCCCCUGUUCUUGAAUGGCUGCGUUGCUUAGGUCUCUCAAGAUAUGAGGAAGCUUUUGUUAGAGAAGAAAUUGAUUGGGACACUCUGCACUGGCUGACAGAAGAGGAUCUCUUCAAUAUAGGAGUCACUGCACUUGGUCCCAGGAAAAAGAUUGUCCAUGCUCUUACUGAACUCAGGAAAGGAACCAUGCGUACAGAAGACACACCCCCCAGCAUGGAUGAUGCUUCUAGAGUUAAAGUUGACCGUAACUGUAAACUAGCUGGCAAUAAAUUGAUCACAGAGUACUUCUUAGGUUCUUCUUUUGACAGGAAGAGAGAUUGUGCACCCUCUAUCGCACGUGGGUUUGGAGAAAGCAAAACAGGUUCUGGUCAUAAAAGGGUUGUUGGCAGAAGUCAUGUCAGGAAUGAAAAGCUAAAAGAGAUUCCUUCAUGGUGUUGCAUACCAGGGACGCCAUUCCGAGUGGAUUCCUUCCGAUAUUUGAGGGCCAAUUGUUCCCACUGGUUUCUCACCCACUUUCAUAUAGACCAUUAUCAGGGCCUUACAAGAAGUUUCUGUCAUGGGAAGAUAUAUUGCUCCUCAAUUACAGCACGGCUUGUGAAUAUGAAAAUUGGGAUUCCAUGGGAUAGAUUACAGGUCUUACCACUCAACCAGAAGAUCACCAUUGCUAAUGUUGAUGUAACUUGCUUUGAUGCAAACCACUGUCCUGGUUCCAUAAUUAUUCUCUUUGAGCCACCCAAUGGUAAGGCAGUUCUACAUACAGGGGAUUUCCGAUUUAAUGAGGACAUGAAAAGCAUAUGUGUUUUGCAGAGUUGUCCCAUCCACACCCUUAUCCUUGAUACCACUUACUGUAACCCCCAGUAUGACUUUCCAAAGCAAGAGGCAGUUAUACAGUUUGUCAUCGAGGCCAUCCAGGCUGAAGCUUUCAACCCCAAAACUCUCUUUCUGAUUGGGAGCUAUACAAUUGGGAAGGAACGGCUGUUCUUGGAGGUUGCACGAGUUCUGCAAAAGAAGGUCUAUGUCGGAGCAGCAAAGUUACGUCUUUUGGAAUGCUUGGGGCUUCCGGAGGCGGAGAUGCAGUGGUUUACCAAAAAUGAACAAGAGAGUCACAUUCAUGUUGUGCCUAUGUGGACAAUUGCGAGCUUCAAGAGGAUGAAGCAUCUCUCGGCGCAAUAUUUGGGUCGGUACAAUCUUAUAGUUGCUUUCUCUCCUACUGGUUGGACAUUUGGUAAAGGAAAAAAGAAGACUCCCGGGAGAAGAUGGCAGCAGGGUACGGUAAUCAGGUAUGAAGUCCCUUACAGUGAGCACUGCAGUUUCACAGAACUGAGAGAGUUUGUUCAGUUUAUAUCACCUGAGAAAAUAAUACCAAGUGUGAAUAAUGAUGGAACAGAAUCUGCUGAUGCCAUGAUUUCCCUUCUUGUAUCUUGAUUUGUGCACAAUUGAAAAUAUCCAAUGAUAUUGAAGGCCUAAUAAGUCUUUGAAUU